AUGUCUACCUUACUCCCGUUUCGAGAUGAGCGACUACCUUUAGCGGCUUCCACUUAUCACCAUGAUCCUCUUGUAUUCAUCGAUCGGCAGACGAAAUAUAUUCAGCGCUCACUACAAACUUUUAUUGAUGCGCAAGGCGAAGGUCUUCUGUCGGGGCUAGGCCACACCCAAACGGACGGUCCUUCAGACGGAAGCGACACGCCUACAUCCUCCAGAGCUAGUAGGACCUUAUCUCCGACAUCCUCGUCAAGGAAACUCCCGCCACGGAAGAUUGGACUACGUACGGCACGUGAACGCAUAUUCCAGUCCAUCUAUGACCUGCUCAAGCUGCGAGAAGAGGAACAUGCCAUACUAUCGUCGCAAAUUGAUGAAAGGGACACUGCGCUUCGCGAGAUUGAAAGCUUUACUGCGAAGCGGAGGAGCUUAGAAGAAGCGAUAUCUGCUAUCCACAACGGCAGAGACACUCAGCGUGCCAAAAGUCUUAGAAAGGAAGCUCAUACGCUUGAAACUGACAUUCUUGAGCUGGAAACCAGACUUUAUGAGAUGAAAGCCAGGCACCGUCACCUAAUCGGCGAGAUCUCGGAUAUCGAAAACUCCGUCGAUGCUAAACUCUCCUCUUACAAUGAAUCUCUGUCUCUUCUCCAGUCCGAUAACCCCCCCGUCAAGCCCCUGUCGCAACGUGUGAACGAAUCUACAUUCUAUGCCUUGAAUCCGGAACGUCGGACCCUUGCAAUAGCUCAAGAUCAUUGGAAACAUGAACAACAAGAGAUCCAACAGAGGCAACAGAAAGUGGAUGCAGAGAUAGUGGCUUUAGAAGAGGGAGGUGGGGUCUGGAAGCGAGCUAUCGCUGACGUCUCUGGCUUUGAAAAAAAAGCUCGUGGUGUACAUGCGACGUUGAGUGCGCAAGAAGAAGACGGCGCUCCCAUUGGGGACAGUAAGGAAGAGGUAGCCACCAGUGUGUCGAAGGACCUGGAAGAUGUUACCCAACACCUGCAAUCGUAUCUGGCCCGGGCUGAGGACCAGAAUUGGAAACUCCUUGUCUGCUGCAUCUCAGCGGAACUUGAAGCACUUCGUCUAGCUAAACGGCUUCUUCUGCCAGCAUUCGGUAUAACUGACUCCGAGGAGCCAAGUGCAGGUUCAUCUGGGCAGACCCUGCAGGGGCCAUCGAGCGACCAUUUAGAUGAACCUCAACACCGUCCCGAAUCUGCAUUGGAGAAUGAUAACCCGGAGCCCCCGUCAGACCUUCUGAAAGAUGAAGAUCAUCAUGCAGAUAAUGCUUCGAGAUCAGAGGACGACGAGCCUGAUCCAUCGUGGCUCCUUGAAACCUGA